AUGACCGUCGCUCCUGCCGCUGCCGGAGUCCGCUCGGCCUCGCGCUGGCGGCGGCCCCGGGCUCUCGGACUCCGGGAACGGGCCGGGGUGGUUCCGGCGCCCGCCGCCGCCCUCGCGCGGAAGAGAAACAAGAGCGAGAAGCGCGAGAGGAGCGCGUCAGCCCCGCGGUUCCCCUCUGCGAGCCGGCCGUGUUCGGACGCGGACCCGGACCCGGACCCGGAGCCAGACCCGGACUCAGACCCGGACCCGGAGCCGGACCCGGAGCCGGACCCGGAGCCAGACCCGGAGCCAGACCCGGACUCGGACCCGGAGCCGGAGCCAGACCCGGACCCGGACUCGGACCCGGACCCGGACCCGGAGCCGGAGCCAGACCCGGAGCCAGACCCGGACUCGGACCCGGAGCCGGACCCAGAGCCAGACCCGGAGCCAGACCCGGACUCGGACCCGGACCCGGAGCCGGAGCCAGACCCGGACUCGGACCCGGACCCGGACCCGGACCCGGAGCCAGACCCGGACUCGGACCCGGAGGAGCCGGAGCCAGACCCGGACCCGGACUCGGACCCGGACUCGGACCCGGAGCCGGAGCCAGACCCGGACUCUGACCUGGACCCGGACCCGGACCCGGAGCCGGAGCCAGACCCAGACCCGGACUCGGACCCGGACUCGGACUCGGACCCGGACUCGGACCCGGACUCGGACCCGGACCCGGAGCCAGACCCGGACUCGGACCCGGAGCCGGAGCCGGAGCCAGACCCGGACUCGGACUCGGACCCGGACCCGGAGCCAGACCCGGACUCGGACCCGGAGCCGGAGCCAGACCCGGACCCGGACUCGGACCCGGACUCGGACCCGGAGCCAGACCCGGACUCUGACCUGGACCCGGACCCGGAGCCGGAGCCAGACCCAGACCUGGACUCGGACUCGGACCCGGACCCGGACGCGGACCCGGACCCGGACUGGGACUUGGACCCGGACUCGGGCCCGGACCCAGACGCGCUUCUGCGUCCGGCCCCGCCGCCCGCUUCGGCCCGGCCCGCCCCGCCGUCCUCCCCGCGGGCCUUGGCCUUCCGGGGCCGUGGCGGCAGGAGCGACCCGCGGGCACUGACCGCGCUUUCCCCCCCAGAGACGCGGCCCGGGUCCCCUCAUGUCUUCCGGAGGGACGGACGGCGCCAGCGGCUCUCGGUGACCGCGGACCGGAGGCGGGUCGGGGACGGCGCCCCGGGGGCUGAGCCACGGCUCCGGCAGCCGCCCCUGCCCUUCGCCGCCGCAGAGCGGGGCCCGGGGGUCGGUGUCCGGCCGCUUCGAGAACCGUCUCGGGCGCGGCGGGCGCGGCGCGAUCGGGAAAACCGCUUCGGGCGCCCGGGCGGCGGCUGCGAGGACCAGAGCGGACGGGACGGUGCAGUGACCGCGCUGGUUUCCCCUGGGACGCGGCCGCCCCUGCCCCACGUCCUCUGCCCGCGGGUGCGGCCUGCCCCGGCCUCGCACCGCGCCUCAGACCCCGGCUCCUCCGACCCGCGGCCGCUCCCUCGGCCCGCCGCCGUGAGCUUCAGCACCGCGGGGCCCGCCUGCUCUUGCCGCGAGCCUGCCCCGCGCGCUGCUCGACGGCUCGCACUCGGGCCCUGCGGAAAGACGGGCCGGGCAGACGAGCCGCGGGCCGACCCGGCGUCCUGCGCAGGGACGCGCGCCGCCCGAGCGGCCGACCCCACGCGGGGAAACACCGCCGAGCCGGGCCCCGCCGGUCUACGCAGCGGGGGCGGGAACCCGGCGGCCGCGGUGGGCGGGAGUCCCGGGCGCCCCGCGGCGCGUGGGCGGGUCCCGGGCUCCGGAGGCGGUGGCGGCGUGGGCGGCGAGCCGCGCCGCGAUUGGCAUCUCCCCGCGGGGCCCCGAGCCCGGCCCGGGAGUGUGCGGCGGCGCUGCGCUCUCGCUCGGGGACCGCGCUCCGGGGACCGCGCCCGGCUGCCGGCGGCGCUGGCGGGGCGGGAGCGUCGCGGCCAGCAGGUGCUCCCCGCACAAAGCGCCUGGUCGAAGCUGGACGCGGGGGCUCCCCUGCGCGGCCGCCGAGGGCGCCGGGGGCUGCCGGGGAGCCGACCGGGGCCAACAGGUGCGGGGCCGGGCCGCCGGCAGGGACGGGCUCGGGCUCGGGCUCGGCUCUGCUUCUCUCGCCGCGAUCGCGCCCCCGGCCGCGGGUUGGAGGUCGUGGUAGGUCGAGGGUCGGCCCGAGUCCUGGCCGCGCGCGUCCGACCCUGUCUCCGGCCCGCGGCGCCGCGGGCCGUUCCCUCCUGCUGCUCGGCUCGUUUCCGCGUGUGGGGGCGGGGGCGCUGCGCGCGGUCGGCGGGGCGCCCUGUGACACCCGGUUUGGGAAAGGACGGGAAGCAGCAGUCGUGCGCUUGUCACGACCGGGUGGUGUCCAGCCCCCCGUUCACCUGGCGAAUUUGGGGCGCACCGGUGUCCUGGCUGUUCCCCGAGCUCAGGUGA